AUGACGGACGCUCUUCGGCAGAUGCACUGCGCUAAACUCAGAUGCAAGUUUUCCAUGAUCAAACCAGCCAAAAAUGUAAAACUGCAGAGUUUCACGCGGGGGCUAUCAGAUUUCAUGAGCUGCCCGUACAGAUCAAACACAACCGAGCGAGAGGUGAACAGGUUUAAUUUGGCGUCGAUUAAUGACAGUGAUGUUGGGCUGAAGACAGAUCUGAUAACCAUCAACCCCAGUCAGAUUCGAUUCAAAAACCUGGAGCAGAAUCCGGAUCCGCUGGUGGAGCGGGUCAGUGUGUACGGAAAUGCCUCCCUCGCUAUUCCUGCCUUUGCCUACACAUUCUGCACUGGACAGUCCAUCAAAACUCUCAAAGUCCUCCAUCCAAUCAGACCCCAGCAGCCGGUGGCGUUCUUCAGCCCCAUUUACCUGCGGACACUAGACCGUUUCUGGAAGGGGCGUGGCCUGAAGUCAAUCCGCCUCUCCACUGGGUUUAUGCUAAUUAACACGGCGCUGGAACUGUGUGAGGACGUGCAUGUGUACGGAUUCUGGCCAUUCGACACUGACCUGCAGGACAUUCCCGUUCCGUACCAUUAUUACGACCAGAUGAAGCCGCACCGCUACAUGCACAAAAUGCCGGAGGAGUUUGUGCGGCUUCUGCAGCUCCACAGCCAGGGGGCGCUGACACUGCACCUGCAGCCCUGCUCCUCAGACACACGCUGACAUCUUAUUUUGACUUUCUGUGACUGUCAUUUAUUUAUAUGAGAGGGCAUGUUAUAUAAUUAAACUGUGAAUG